UAAUGAGACCUCUUAAUAAAAAUUUUUAGAAUGCAAAUGCAAGCUAGGCGGUGAAAAAUCCUGGAGUGUAUCGCAUUUUCUGUAACAUGAGAUGGCAAGAAUGAGAGUAGUCACUCACUGACUCUUUGUAUUGGAGGCUAAUUUAUUGAAGAUUACCCCCAGGUAAUUUUUUUUUGGUUGCUGUAACAUUUUGAAGGAUGUCAUUUAGUUGCUGCAAAGAAAGAUUAAUGGUGAAAGUGACCUUGGUCAGUGCCCAGACCUUGAGAAAAGCUUGGUCCAGAGUUCAACAGCGUAAAAUUACCUUCCAUAGCCAUAAUGUUAUAAACUGGAUUUGAAUUUAUGCAGAUAGGAAGAUGGAUGGCACAAAAAGCAAAAGAUGCUGAUAAAGUGAAUGCUGAAAAUGAAACUCAGAGAAGAAUACAUCAGGAAAAACUCCAGAAAGCUCUUAUAGAUGCAGCAAAAGAACAUGUACAAGUAAAUUUACCAAAUUCUGAUCAGCCAGCCAUACCAUUCUGUGCGAUCAUAUCUGUCCCCUCAUACCCUGACAAAAAGUUUGAUGCCCAUGAUGGGGAAGUAAAUGCAGCAAGAUUCAGCAAUUCAGGAAGAUUGUUCGUGACAGGAGGCGCAGACAGAAAAGUAAAAGUCUGGGAAAAAGUCAAUGGAAACUAUACAUUAAAAGGUACCAUGCAUGGUAGUAACGCAGGCAUCAUGUCCGUACAAAUUGAUCCUCAGGAAAAACUUGUUUUGGCGGGAUCACAUGAAGGCGCAUGUCGAGUAUGGACACUUGGAGAUCAGAGACUUCGGGUGAGUGUCUUUUAUUGUCCAAGGAUGUGGUUGAAGAAAAAUUUCGCAGAGCCCAAAGGUGCCUAACCAGAGACAAAGUUUUUUAAAAACACUGUCUGGCUGCCAGACAUCUUGACACAGCCAAAAAAAAAAUACAGAGACAUUAGUAAACUGAACUAGGCUGAGUUCAAACCAACCUAGUUUGAAACAAAUUGACCUACAACUGUUGUAGUUCAAAAUGAAAUUCAGGUUAAAUUGA